UCCACCAUACCGUGGCGUAUUGCAGCCCCGAGUCAUCUGCGCUGGCUGCGUGUUUCAUGGACAGCCUACUAUCACUGGUGACCAGCGGCAGCCACCUGGAAUUAAAGGGCCCUGGACUGGUGACAGACCGGACCAGCGACGCUUAGGGCAUGAGCGACAGUCCCAUGGGCGCAUUUUUAAUAGGCUAGUCAUUUUUAGCGAUGUCAAAAAGCCUGAAGAAGAAAAACCACUGGACCAACAAAGUCCACGAGACGGUCCUCUCCAGGGGCAAGGAGGGAGAUCUGGGGUUCGAUUUGAAAGGGGGCGCGGAGAAUGGCCAGUUUCCAUUUUUUGGUGAAGUGAAACAAGGCAAGGUGGCCAUACAGACUGGCAAACUGUCCCAGGACGAGCUUUUGCUGGAGGUCAACGACACGCCGGUGGCCGGGCUCACCCUCCGGGAUGUACUCGCCGUAAUCAAGCACUGCAAGGAUCCCGUACGUCUCAAGUGUGUAAAGCAAGGAGGUGUAGUAGACAAGGAUCUCCGGCACUAUCUCAACCUUCGCUUCCAGAAGGGUUCCGUGGACCACGAACUUCAGCAGAUCAUCCGAGACAACCUCUACCUCCGGACGGUGCCCUGUACAACGAGACAGCCCAAGGAAGGAGAGGUUCCGGGGCUAGACUACAACUUUGUGAGUGUUGACCGGUUUAUGGAACUGGAGAAAAGUGGGGCUCUGCUUGAAAGUGGAACAUACGAAGAGAACUUCUAUGGCACGCCCAAACCGCCGGCCGAGCCCUCUUCCAUGCUCUUUAAUGUGACGGACCAGAUCCUGCCCGGAGCACGACCCAGCGCCGAGGGGAAGCGCAAGAGGAACAAGUCGGUCAGCAACAUGGAGAAGGAAAGCAUCGAGCCACCCGAGGAGGAGGAGGAAGAGAGCCCUGUCGUCAACGGUAACGGCAUCGCCAUAACACCAGAGUCCAGCGAACAUGAGGACAAGAGCACAGACGCCUCAGGGGAGGCUGCUCCCCCCUCGUGCCCGCCCGAGACCCCUACCCUGGCCGCGGCGGAGGUCGCCGAGGAGGAGGAGGGCGAGGCCCCCAAGUCCCCCGCCGACUCGCAGGACAACGACGAGCUGGGGCCGCUACCGGACAACUGGGAGAUGGCCUACACGGAGAAGGGGGAAGUCUACUUCAUAGAUCACAACACCAAAACAACGUCGUGGCUGGAUCCUCGGCUCGCUAAGAAGGCCAAGCCACCAGAGGAAUGUGAGGACGAUGAGCUUCCGUAUGGAUGGGAGAAAAUUGACGACCCUAUAUAUGGCAGUUACUUCGUCGACCACAUCAACAGAAGAACCCAGUUUGAGAACCCGGUCCUGGAGGCCAAGAGACGUCUCCAGCAACAGCAGCAGAUGCAGAGUCAGGGCCUGUCCGCCCUGCCCUUGCCCACCAUCUACAGAGAGAAGCCUCCGUUCACGCGUGACCCGACGCAGCUGAAGGGCACCUUCCUGUCCACUUCGCUGCAGAAGAGCAACAUGGGCUUCGGGUUCACCAUCAUCGGCGGAGACGAGCCCGACGAGUUCCUGCAAGUCAAGAGCGUCAUACCGGAGGGACCCGCCGCACAAGACGGCAAGAUGGACACCGGUGACGUCAUCGUCUACAUCAACGACAUCUGCGUGCUGGGCACCACGCACGCCGACGUGGUCAAGCUCUUCCAGUCGGUGCCCAUCGGCCAGAGCGUGACGCUGAUGCUGUGCCGCGGCUACCCGCUGCCCUACGACCCCGAGGACCCCUCGGCCGCCGCCGCCGCCGCAGCCGCAGCCAGCAACGCCGCCGCCAUGGGCCACCUGGGCAUGGAGCACCAGCUCCUGCUCAACGGCCGCAGCAACUACGACAACUACAUGGAGUACAUGUCGCUCACCGGGCGGCUGCCCGACCAGCAGACGCCCAUCCCCCACCCGGGCGACACGCACCUGGACGGCUCCCAGCCGCCUUCCCUCACCCCCGGUGGCAGUGGCGGAGCUGGUGCUGCAGGGCACGAGGACGCGGUGUCCAUGGCCAGUUCAGGGACUGCGGCGGCAGCGGCAGCGGCGGCGGCAGCAGGGGUCGUCGGCGGUGGGCAGGGAGGCGUGGAGCUGCUGAGCGUCACCAUCGUGAAGGGCACAGAGGGCUUCGGCUUCACCAUCGCCGACAGCUCCACGGGCCAGCGGGUCAAGCAGGUGCUGGACGCGCAGGGCUGCUCGGGGCUGUGCGAGGGAGACCUGAUGGUGGAGUUCAACCAGCAGAGCCUGCACGGCCUCAACCACAACCAGGUGGUGCAGCUGCUGAAAGACUGCAGCGUGGGGACCGAGGCAACACUCGUCAUACAGAGGGGGACCCCCACCAUCACCGGUCACUUCGCGCAUUGGGAUGGCUCUAAACAGUGGGAUCCGCAGUGUAGCCCCCAGACGGGCGUGGCCCAUGGGGCUCCUCACCCGUCCCAUGCCCUCCACCGCUCCUCCGUGCCCGACUCGGAAGCCUUCCACCUCAGCAAGCCCGACCCCUACGACCUCUACGAGAAGUCCCGCGCCCUCUACGAGAGCCGGCAGCCUUUGCUAUCUCGGCUUCCUUUCUUUUCAGAUGUAGCAGGACCCGAGUACCAGGAGGUGGAGGUCCAUCUGCUGCGGGAGAAGACCGGCUUCGGCUUCCGGAUCCUGGGCGGGGACGAGGCGGUGCAGGCUAUCGUCAUCGGGGCCAUCAUAGAGAACAGCCCUGCGGAGCGCGAUGGCCGGCUGCGUCCGGGGGACGAGCUGGUGUCCGUGGACCACAUGCCCGUCGGGGGCCGGCCCCAUCGCUACGUCAUCGACCUCAUGCACGCCGCCGCACGCAACGGACAGGUCACGCUCACCGUCAGGAGACCGGUGCAACCUCUAUCUGAGCUGUGCCCAGAGAACGGCGGUGGCCCGUCAGGGCUGGCUGGCGGCCUGCACAGCUCCCCCCGAGGCCACCACCCCCACGUGUGCCCCGUCAACCUGCCCCCCACCACAGACGUGCUCAUCAACCGCAAGGAGAGCGAGGGCUUCGGCUUCGUCAUCAUCAGCUCCCUCAACCGGCCGGAGAACACCACCACCAUCAUAGUGCCACACAAGAUCGGGCGCAUCAUCGAGGGGAGCCCCGCGGACCGCUGUGGGAAGCUGAAGGUCGGUGACCGCAUCAUGGCAGUGAAUGGGCAGUCCAUUAUCAACAUGCCACAUGCUGACAUAGUCAAGCUGAUCAAGGAUGCCGGCCUCGCUGUCACUCUCCACAUCAUCCCAGAAGAAGAGGGAGCCGGCCCGCACUCCGCCCCCACCUCGGAGAAGCAGAGCCCCAUGGCCCAGAAGCAGAGCCCCCAGACCCAGUCCAGCCCCGCAACAGCAGCAGCCGCAGCGGCAGCAGGAGCCGGAGCACACCCGAGCCCCUCCAGCAGUCAGCAGCACCCCCCUGCUACCAGCCAGCCCAGCCCACUGGUGACGGAGGCCAGCCCCACACUGGCUCAGGGCAGCCCCAUGGCAUCUGCCACGCAGCCCAGCCCGCCUGCCCCCACCACCACCACCCAGCCAGGCAUGGAGGUACCAACGCAGCCCACGCCCACCACCCCCCACCCGGUGUCUGUGGUGGACUCUAUGGUGGGUGGUGUGCCCAUGGCUGUGCCCAGUCAGGUCGGAUCUGUACCCGGACCCCCUCCUCAGCUCUACCUUCACGACAGCAGGUCGGAGGUGAAGGCUCGACAGGAUGUGAAGCCUGACAUCUGCCAGCCGCCGUACACGGACUACCGGCAGCCUCCGGUGGACUACAGGCACCCUCCUGUGGCCGACUACCGCCAGCCGCCCACCCUGGACUACCGCCACCCCCCGCCCCUCAUCGACUACCGGCAGCACCCUCUCACCGACUUCAGGCCACAGGACUACGACUACUUCACAGUGGACCUGGAGAAGAGUGUGAAAGGGUUCGGCUUCAGCAUUCGGGGAGGCCGGGAGUACAAGAUGGACCUGUUUGUGCUGAGGCUAGCGGAAGAUGGGCCAGCCAUACGCAGUGGGAGGAUGAGGGUCGGAGACCAGAUCAUCGAGAUAAACGGCGAGGGCACCAGGGACAUGAGCCACGGGCGGGCCAUCGAGCUGAUCAAGGCGGGGGGCCGGCGGGUACGCCUGCUCCUGAAGAGGGGCACGGGACAGGUGCCAGAGUACGGGGGAUGCUCCCUCCCCCCAGAAUACGGACUGGUACCUUCCAACCUCUCCAUGUGCAUGAAAAGUGAAACUCUAAGCUCCCCCUAUUUCUUCAUAAUGGGACACUCGAAAGAUACGAUGGUGCCGCCUCCUGGGACGCUGUCAAUGCAGCCUUCCUUACCCUGCCGGAAGUAGCAGGAGCGCCACACCAAAUCUCCAGGCCUCAGCCCUCAUCUCAUUCCAACACGCAUCCUUGACCUCUCCUCUGCAGGCGAUGAAAUUCCCUUUUCAGUUUGGUUUGUGCGUGUGCGAGUAAGUGUGAUGUGGUGGUGGAUGCGUUUAUGUGUGCCUUCAAAAAGAAGGGGCAUGUGUUUGUGUGUGAGUGAGUGUGUGUGUGUGUGUGUGUGCGCGUUCUCUUGUGUAAGCCGCAUUUCGCCAGCUUCUGGAGCAUGGCGGCUCUCUACCCAGGGUGGCAGGCCCACCCGUGGGCACCUAAACUGCAGCCGAAGAGAUGGAUGUGCCCACUACGCCUCUCCCCCGCCCGCUACAGCGCAGCGACACGCUGGAGUAUGGAUAAUUAGGGAACUAGAGGAGGAAAUGAGGACUCUGUCUGGCGCCUUCACUCCCUCCCUCUCUCUCUCCCUUCCUCUCUCCCUCACUGUGCAGCAUGCACCUGCAGACUUGCCUGAGCGCGGAUGUGAUUCAGUGUUGGGUGGGGUGGGGAAAAAGCUGGAUCCUGGACCUCAGGCACAGCAGCACCACAGGGGUAAACAAGCACGGAUGAGACAUUAGAAGGUAGCCCAAAACGAAUGGGACAAACUCUUCUGGAGGUGACUUACGUAGGAGGAGGACACAUGCUCCUUUUUUCACAAGAUGGAGGACACACAGCUCCUUUUCCCCAAGGGAGAUAUGCAUUAUGAGAUGCCAAACAAAGAGACACAGAAAAAGGCGAAAGCUCCCCUGGUCUGACUGUGUAAGAUGGGGGGAUGGCACGCUGCAUUGUUUUUCGUGCAAACCCAGAGAAGGAGGAAAUCCCUCAUUGUCAUCUUUAUCUUCAUGUUUUUUUCCUGUUAUGGAUUGCUUUCUCUACUAGAAUAUUAUUCUAGUCAAUUAAAAAAAAAACAUGUAUUUGUCUCUGGAAAGGAGACGAUACAUAACCGUGUAGCAUGAGAGGCCAGUCAAGAAUCCCAGUGGGGCAAAAUGCAAAUUGUGUAAUGAGUGUAAGAUAUUUUUGUGCUCACCUAUUCCAUGGGGAGCCAUCCAUAAGCAAGGCUUUUGUUGCAGUGACUCCGUGGAGUGCAGUGAAAUAUGAUCCCGGAGAAGGAAUGUUGAACGGUAUUACAAAUUCAUUUUGCGAUAUAUCAACUGCUCUGCCUUAAAAAGGAAUCCCUCAAGUGUUAGUAUCAUAUACGUAUACCAGGCAGUUUCAUAGACUUGCUGUGGUUUUUUAUUUACCUGUGCUGUGUCAUAUUACAUAUCAUUUUGGUGCGAAAAAAGGCAAACAAGCAAAACUGGAAGAACCUAAAUCAUGUCACAGACUUUCAAGGUGUAAUGUUGUAAAUUAUUACAUGUAAAUCAAGACCAAUUUUAAAAAUGCAGUUUGUAUGUGUAGAUAAUCUUCUUAGAUUACAUAUCAGACAUAUUUGAAUGAAUUCCAGACUGAACUGCAAGUGGGCUCACCUUGUACUAACUUCCCGAGUUUUGAAAAGUGAUUGGGAAACAUUUGUUCUCUCUGGUUCGUGCUUUAUGUACCACACCACUUUUAGGGCCAAAACCACUGUUCCAAUCUGGCAAACCUCUCUAAUUUGUUCCUCAGAAACUGUGUUGUUGUAUGUCGUUGAGGAGAAAUAGGAAGUACUACAUGUAGUCAAGUUGGAGGUAAUGAUUUCUCCUUUUUUUACUUUCUGCUUGUGUCACCUCUACAAUAUCAAAUGCGCAGUAGUGAACCUCCAGAACUAUUUUCAUGCUGUUUUUUUCUUGUGGUUUCCAAAGACCAAACAGGAUGAGAAGAUGAGAAAACAGAAGAAAAAAAAUUAUAAUAAAAGAAAAGAAAAUAGAUGCAGUGAGUCAGGCUAGGCCAGGCCAGGCCAGACGAUGUUGUUAUUGUGCAUACUUCCGUUGAGUUCAGAGAAGCACUUGACAGAGCAGAGUGCCUUAGGAGGAAGACUAAUGCAGAAUAAGGGUAUUGGAGAGCCCAGCGUGACAGAAAAGACAGAAAAGUAUGACAAAUACUACCCAGAGCAAACAAAAACACAAGGUCAAAUUCGAGAAACAGGACGACUGUGUGAAUACACAAUACUGAAUAUUAUUCAGUCCGCUCUCUCAAUCCAACUUUUCAUUUACAAAAAAAAAAAAACCCUGUCUCAGCAGCAGAUCAGUUCAUUCAUAGCUGCAUGUGUUGAAAUAGGCCUACGCCACAUUGGACUGACGACCCCACGCUCAACCCUCACUUAAAAUAGACUCCCUUGUCUGCUUUGUUGAUUGUCUUUUUCAGAGUAUCAUUUUGUGCUCCGAGUGCAACCCAGUAUAUUUUAAGGCUAGUCUGUGUUACUGGAGCUUCCAAGCCACUCGGCCUAAAGCCCCAUCAUCACCCAUUAACAUCAUUUUUACCUUUUCUUUGCUGGAACAGAGGCCAAUGAUGAUGCUGCGGCGCGAGCUGAACUAUAGGCUGUCCAUGGUGCCUUUGGCCCUUGGGGGCCCCAGUGGGUACUGUACCGACCGACCGACACUGCUGAAGACAUUGUCCAACAGACAUAUACGUAUUUGGGACUCACUGUUACAGUGUACUGUAGGUGGCUAAGUGAAUUGCUUCAUCACAUUUGACCAUAAAUAACUCAGAAAAUCGCAGGUUACACAGGCUCACCAUUAGUGUUUUCUAUAGAUUGGCUUGGCUUGUCAUGGACGAUGUCAGCAACUCUCUCUCUCACACACAUACACAGCUUAUUUGUAUCGCGUCUGCUUGAUGAUUGAAGGAAAAAAAAGAUUUUUACUUUCUUGUUACCAUUUUGAGCAUGACCCUAGAGAUUAAUGUUGCUGCUUCUUUUUCAAGUUUGUGUCAAAGGAUUCAGAAUUCUAUCCUCCCAGGACCCAGAAUUCUGUUCAAACCCCAAAAAACAUGACAGAGGAAGGAGCACCUACGGCUCUCUCCAGCAAUUGUCACUCAUAAUCAAGGUGCCAAUUACUCUGUCACUGUAGUAUAUCGAACUCACAGGUAGUGCAAAAGCUGAGAAAUAUGUAUUACCAUAUUUUGCCUAUCGACAAUAUAAAUCAGUUUUAAGUAAGUUGUAUUGUAUUGAGUGCCAAGGAUGCAGAAAACAACAACCAUCCAUGACGGAGUAUUUUUUCCACAGAAUACUUGAACGCUUGAAAUCUGGUUUUUUUUUUCUCUCUUCCUGUCAGUAAUCUCCUGUCGAUUUUUUUCCCCAGCACAAAAACGUACAGUAUUACUCCAGUCAUAGGUACUUUAGAUUCAGUGCAAUGUGGUAGACAUAAGCUCAUUACUGCUGUUUACAUGAGACAGAGAAAAAGCAUAUAUUGCACAGCUCAUAGCUUUUACUGUUGAAGCUGUUUCCUGCCUGCUGUGAAAAAAAAGUUUUUUUAUUCUGAGAAAAUAUUGAAUCUGUGAAAGAAGGCAAGCUCAAGAGGCCCCCGACUCAGAUCGAUAUUACUGUGUAGUGUUAGAUGUGUAUUUAACUUGUACAGCUGUAUUCCUAUAAAUAUGAUUUAAUGUAUUACCGAUAGUUUCAAAACACUAAGUGAGCAAAUAUUUUUAUGAAAUGCUACAGUGUGGAUAUACAUUUUUGCUAAGAUCUUGUUUACUGUAUAAUAUUCUGAAAUACUGUCAAAUAAACCCUUGACCUGGUGUAAAGUAUUCAUUUUAUAUACUCCGCCAUAAUAAUUAUGUGUCCAGUUGUCUGAAGUGUGAGAAAUUAAAACAGGUAAGGUGGUGCCGGGGGAGUUUAUUGAGUUAAAGUAUGCCAUUGUUACACAAUGAAAUUCUUAAGGGAAAGGUUAGACGUCUGUGUUUUCAGCUGCUCAUCCAGUUCAUGGAAUUCUGAAACCAUCUUGUGGUUAUUUUUGUAAUGAACUUCAAUAAAGGUCACUUAUUGUGCUUUAAAAA